AUGCCGUCGGAUCGAGACUCCGAGGACAAGAAUCGCGACGACAAUUCAAACCCAUCCAACAAAUCACGAGAUCCCCCACCCGAGAACGAGACUAACCCGUUCGUUGCCUUCCGGCGCUUCGCUGACGAGCAAGUCUCGGCCGUUCUGCAAUCCAUCACCGGCCUUCCAUCCACCUUUUCACCGCCCCAAACCGAUCGCUGGACCAUCUUCACCGACGACGAGACAUACGAAAGCACAAAAUAUCGCCACCGCGACAGCGACAGCGCCAGCGACAGCGCCAGCGCCAGCAAGACCGACGAGCAAAGCCACGCAUCGUCGAGUGGAGCUGAUACGACAACUUCAUCCGGUAACCAGGACAACACCGACAAAACCACUAACAGCGACGGAGGCACACCGGCCCAAGAUUAUCCACCGCCAAGAUCCGACUCAUAG